AUGAGAGUACUAUCUCUAAGUUACAAUGAUUUGCCGUACCAUCUCAAGUAUUGUUUUCUGUACUUGACCAUUUUCCCUGAGGAUACUUACCCAGUUAGGUGCAGAGUAUUGAUUCGGCUGUGGAUAGCAGAGGGUUUUAUAAGAGCACAAACAGGCAAAGAACUUGAAGAGAUUGGAGAGGAAUACCUAGAAGAACUCAGCAACAGGAACUUGAUACAAAGUGAAUUGGAUUUUGAUGGGAAGCCAAAAACUUGCCGGGUACAUAAUCUCAUGCACAAGAUUAUUCUCUCAAAGUCAAGAGAGGAGAAUUUUUGCAAUGUUUUUUCAGAAUCACAAAGAAACUUUGGUGACAAGAACCGUCGAUUAUCUGUCCAAAGUAGUGGACUCAACAAGUUGGAUGGGAACUUUAAGAGUGUUUGCACCCUUUUUAUGUUCCGUGUACCCUACAGCUCCAUUCGAGACUUGAAAUUAUUGAGAGUUCUGCAUUUGGAAGGUGCAUCAUUGGAGGAAUUUCCUAAGGAAAUUGUGGGUUUACUGCUCUUGAAGUAUCUGUGUUUGAGGAAGACCAAUAUCAAAAGCGUUCCUAAGUCUCUGGGGAAUCUUAGGUACCUAGAGACCUUGGACCUUAAGCAAACUAGAGUGGCAAAGCUGCCCAAAAAAGUCCUCGAACUUAAGAAACUUCGGCAUUUGCUUGUUUAUAGCUAUGACAGACAUUAUACAACUUCUGAUUGUGUUACAGGAUUCGAGAUAUCAGCAGAGAUCCAGACACCUAGCUUGCAGAAGCCAUCAUUAAUAAAGGCAAAUAGCCAUCACGGGGUGAUUCAUUGGCUAAGAAAUCUGACACAACUAAGAAAGUUAGGGAUCAUUGAUCUUCCAACAGAAGAUGGGUCCAAUUUGUGCCAGUCAAUUGAAAAGCUGGAAAACCUCCGUUCCUUGAAUGUAACAUCAUUAAAAAAGGAUGAGGUUGUAGAUCUACAGGCAAUUACCAAUCCUCCACAAUUUCUUCAACGCCUGUAUCUGAAAGGGCAGUUAGAAAAGUUACCAAAUUGGAUUUCCAGACUUUGUGACCUAAAAAGGAUACGUCUUAAGUGGUCCAAGUUAACACACUACAAUAACCCCAUUGAUAUCCUUCAAGAUCUUCCUAAUCUAUUGGAGCUCCAGCUGGUCGAUUCCUGUACUGGAAACCAGUUAGAUUUCUCAAAAAAACAAAUUUCAAAGUCUGAAGAUCUUGGAACUUGAGCAACUGGAAGCAUUGAGAAAGGUCAGAAUGGAAGAGACUACCUUACCUUAUCUCCAAAAGCUGAUUAUAAGACAGUGCAAUAACCUGCAGCAGGUUCCAGAGGGUAUUAGAAACCUCACUCGCCUCAAAGAGCUUCACUUGCCCAACAGAUUUGUAGCCCCACUCAAGAAUGGUGGAACAUUGAGUCAUCUGGUUCGCCUCUACAAUUCAUAGUCCGACUCUACGAUGGGAGCACAUACACAGUAAUCAGGGAAAGGAUUCAUGCAAUGGCUGCUUUUAUAUCAAAGUGAUUGAGGCAAAGAUGGGAGUGACGUGCUUUCAUAGAACUGAGAUGAUGCCAAUAAAUCAGAAAACUUGGACAACAGCAGGAACUUAAGUUCCAAAAAGUGGGAGAAAAAAAUUUGUUAGCGGGAGCAGGCACGGGGGCACAGUAUUUCCUAACAGGGCAGGACUGGACAUGAAAAUCCAACUCGUCGUGGGUCUCAGGACGGACAUGGACUUGACAAAAAUUAAAAAGGGCAGGACGGGGUUUAGAGAAAUCCGCUCCAAACUCGCUCCAUUGUCAUCCCAACAAGAUCCAUAUAUAAAGGUGAGAAACAAGAUCCAAUGUUAUACUUAGAAAACUUUUUCAAAUGGUAAGUAUAGAUAUAUAUAUUCAGAUACGAAACAACCUUGUUGCACCCAUCUUUUAAAGAGAAAAUGAUGCCUUGUAACAUUAGUGUGAGUAUUAAUGACUACAUGUCUCAUGUGAGCGUCGACUUGGACCGAAUUGGAACCAAGUAUCAUUUUGGUCCAUUAAUUAGUUGAGAGAUCGGGACAUCCUUGACAUACCUAGUACUAGUAUGUUAAAGAAAUUAUUUAAAUUCAUAUUUUCUUUAUUAUUACUCA